AAGAUGCAGCAGUAUGCCAAGAUUGUCAGGAUUGCCAGGAUCGCAACCAACUCUGCCCGGGCGUGUCACCGGCAAAGAUUCUAUGAACCCAAUGCCGAAGUACGCUGGCUGCACUCCGAGCACUAAACAGGCUGAGCGGAGCCACUAGCACUCCGGAUCCGACCAGCGGCGGCAAAAGCGGAGGAACUAUGAUAACGAGGCUCUAUAACACCGAAGAGGAUCCCGCCUACUGCUCGUUCAUCUGGGGCUCGAAUCUCACCAGUAGCGUCGAUGUCCUGGCUGCCAAUGCCACGUCCGUCUUCAGCAGCGACCUGCGGGACGACUUCUAUCGGGAUGUGGAGGAUCCGCGGACGGAAUCGCUGAGGGAAUACUGCUACGGCCUGGUGUUGCCCAUCAUCUGCGCCAUGGGCAUCAUAGGCAACGUGCUCAACCUGAUUGUGCUCACCAGGCGCAACAUGCGUGGCACCGCCUACAUUUACAUGAGGGCUUACUCCACCGCCGCCCUCCUGGCCAUCGUGUUCGCCAUCCCCUUCGGCAUCCGCAUGCUGGUCCACAAGGAUCGAGGCCAGUGGGAGGAGUUCGGACCAGCCUUCUACACCGCCCACUUGGAGCUUUAUUUGGGCAACGGCUGUUUGGGAGUUGGCGUAAUGAUGUUACUAGUGCUGACCAUUGAACGUUACGUGUCCGUGUGCCACCCCGGAUUCGCUCGACCAGUGAUGGGACCACCUGGCGUUGUGGUAUUCCUCACCUGCUUGGCCACGGUAAUCGUCUAUCUACCGAGCAUCUUUCGUGGCGAGCUGAUCAAGUGCAUCCUUGGAUCGAGCGACGUGUAUGUGUACUUGCGGCGCGACAAUACGAUCUACCAGCAGACCAUCUUCUACCGCGUCUACAAGAUCAUGCUGGAGGUGAUCUUCAAGUUGGUGCCCACGCUGGUGAUCGGUGGCCUCAACAUGCGCAUCAUGAUGGUCUAUCGGCGGACCUGCGAGCGCCGCCGCCAAAUGGUGCUCACUCGCUCCCAUGCCUACGGACAUGGUCAUGGACAUGGACACGGCUAUUUGAAGGACGACGAUCCGCGAAAGUUCGCUGAGGAGCGGCGCCUGUUCCUGCUGCUCGGCAGCACAUCGAUCUUGUUCCUGGUCUGCGUCUCGCCGAUGGCCAUACUCCACAUGACGAUCGCCUCGGAGGUCUAUCCGAGCUUCCCCUUCCAGGUGUUCCGUGCCAGCGCCAAUCUGCUGGAGUUGAUCAACUACUCGCUGACCUUCUACAUCUACUGCCUGUUCAGCGAGGACUUCCGCAACACCCUGGUGCGCACCAUCAAGUGGCCCUGGUUGAAGGGCAAGUUCUGUCAUCAGGGCGAGCACGAGAACCCAAGGACCGGCACCGGUGUGCCAAUGGCGUGCUUCACUAAGGUGGACAGGGGCCAUCACAAGCACCACAUAACCACCACCUCGGGCCUGGGAAGAUCGAGUAGCAUUUAGCCAACGCCUACAACCCAACACCAUCGCCACAAUCCAUCCGCUACUCGAGAUCCGACUUCCGAACCCCGAGAACCCUCCCAGCCCAGAGUAACCCCACCAGCAUCCAACUCCUCAACCGUCACCAACAACACCACCCCCGCCAUAUCCACUUCCCCCCAGGUCGACGUGGGUGGAGGGCCACUUUCUCUCGCUUGAGAUCCUGCGGCAUUCGAAAGUGUUCAAAUAUCGAUAAGCCGAUAUACGAUGAACAACUAACAAUUAACGAUAAUUGAUAUUCAGCGCCACGCAUUGCGUAUAUAAGUGUCUGUGUAUGUGUGUGUUCCUUAAACAUAUAUAUUUAAAUAUAUGGAU